AUGCUCGCGUCCCCCCUCACCUUGCUCCUUUUGGGCGCUGGUGUCCCUGCUGCCAUCGCCAGCCCCUUCCGCCCCAUCAACCUGCGCGACGACGCCAACUCUACCGACUCUGUCACCGACGCCCCUACUGCUAGCUGGACCCAGAACAGUACUGCUUCUGCCUCUGCUGCCGAGGGUUGGAACUCGACCGAGUCUUGGAGCUCCACCGCUUCUGCCAGUCCUGUCUCUGUCACCUCUUCAGUGAUCGAGGCUUCGACUGUCUCUUCUACCAUCGCCGACCCUACCUCUCCCACUUCUUGGGCAGAGUCGAGUGUCUCUGCUACUGCCUCCGAGUCCGCUACCCCGGACGAGACUUGGCCCAGCGAGGCUCCUGCUGAUGACGGUACCAUCUCAUCCUACCACACCUCCAACAUCACCUACAUCUCUCCCAACAUCCCCGCUCCCUUCAACACCACCCAGGCCAACUCGUCUCCCAAGUGGGAAGCCGCCCACUCCCGGGCCCGCGAGCGCCUUGCCGGCUGGUCCCUCGAGGAGAAGGUGCAACUCACCACUGGUGUCGGAUGGAUGCAGGGCAAGUGUGUUGGUAACAUCCCCGCCAUUGAGAGCCAAGGCUUUGGUGGUCUCUGUCUUCAAGACUCGCCUGUGGGUGUGAGAUUUGCCGACUAUGUCUCUGCCUUCCCCGCUGGUAUCAAUGCUGCUGCUACCUUUGACAAGGACCUCAUCUACGCCCGAGGAUACGCCAUGGGCCAAGAGUUCAAGGGCAAGGGUGUCAACGUCGCCCUCGGUCCUAUGACCAACAUAGGUCGAAUCGCUGCUGGGGGUCGAAACUGGGAAGGCUUUGGCGCCGACCCUUACCUCUCUGGUUGGGCUACCGAUGCUACUAUCCGAGGUAUCCAGGAUGCCGGUGUCCAAGCUUGUGUCAAGCACUAUGUCGGCAACGAGCAAGAGCGCAACAGGACUACCUCCUCUUCCAACAUCGACGACCGUGCCCUCCACGAGAUCUACACCCACCCCUUCCUUCGAGCUGUCCAGGCCGACGUCGCUUCCGUCAUGUGCUCUUACAACCUCGUUAACGGCUCUUGGGCAUGCGAGAACCCCAAGACUCUCAACGGUGUCCUCAAGACCGACUUUGGCUUCCAGGGCUACGUCAUGUCAGACUGGGGAGCGCAGCACUCUGGUGUCUUGUCUGCCAAUACCGGUUUGGACAUGUCUAUGCCAGGAGAUAUUUCGCUUGGAAGUUUGACGAGUUACUGGGGUCAGAACCUUACCGACUCUGUCAACAAUGGUUCCGUCAAGGCUGAGAGGGUCGACGAUAUGGCCGAGAGGAUCCUUGCGUCCUACUAUUUGCUUGGUCAGGAUGAAGAUUAUCCCGAGGUCAACUUUGAUUCGUUCAGGCUGUUUGGCUCGAACCAGUCCCAUGUCGAUGUGCGUGAUGACCAUUACAAGGUCAUUCGCCAUGUUGGCGCUUCAUCUACUGUCCUUCUCAAGAAUGAGAACAAGGCCCUCCCCCUCACCACCCCUCGCCAUAUCGCUCUCAUCGGUUCCGAUCUCGGUCCUGCUAUCAAGGGUCCCAACGGCUACACUGACCGAGGCGGUAUCGACGGUACCACCGCCAUGGGCUGGGCGCGCUCGCGAGCACGGUGCCAUCUGAACUCUUGGUUGGACGACUGGGAUGUCCCUGGUGCUCAGUACUGGGCUGCUCCCGCCGACGUCGCUAUCGUCGGCGUCCACGCUAUUUCGGGUGAAGAGUACAUCACUGUUGACGGCAACGAUGGUGACCGAAACAACCUCACUCUCUGGACCAACGGCGAUGCGCUCGUGCAAGGUGUUGCUGCUGUCAACAACAACACUGUCGUCGUCGUCCAAGCUCCUGGGCCUAUCAUCAUGGAGGAGUGGAUCAGCAACCCCAACGUCACUGCUGUUCUCUGGGCCGGUCUCCCCGGGCAAGAGAGUGGUAACGCCCUCGUCGACAUUCUGUGGGGCGACUACAACCCCUCUGGCCGUCUUCCUUACACCAUCGCCAAAGACCGGGCCGACUAUCCCGCCGACCUUGUCUACACCAACACCGACGACCCCGUCCAUCCCCAAGUCGACUAUACCGAGGGCCUCAACAUUGACUACCGACACUUUUUGGCGGAGGGGAUUGAGCCGAGGUUUGCGUUUGGGUAUGGUCUGUCGUACACCAGUUUUGAGUUGAAGGACUUGAAGGUUGAGGCGAUUGAGGGAGAGAAGAGGAAGAGGGAUGAUGUGCCAGAGUUCCCCGAGGUUGAUGAGAGUCCUCAAGGAGAGGUUGUCGUUGGCAGAUUCACUGUUGACUCUCUUCACAAGCCCCGAUGGACCGUGUCUAUUGAUGUGACCAACACUGGCGAUAUCAACGGCUGCGAAGUACCCCAGCUGUACCUCGUCUUCCCCGAACACGCCGGCGAGCCUCCCAAGGUGUUGCGUGACUUUGCCAGGAUCAACCUCGACCCCGGAGCUACCAAGACCGUGUCAUGGAACCUCUCGCAGUACGACGUCUCCAUCUGGGAUGUCGAGACCCAGGAAUGGACCGUGCCCGAGGGCGACUUUGGGGUGGAAGUUGGAAAGUAUGUGGCGGAUGUUGAUGCGCAGACGUCGUCCUUCUGCUUUAAAGCUUGA